AUGGCAAUAUUCUCUAGGGGUUACUUGCUCUCCCUCUCCCUCUCUCUCCUCCUCUUGUUCGACGUCUCUUUAGCCCAAUUCGGGGAACAAGGGAGGAGCCCAUUCGGGAGCCAGCGCCGGUUCGGGUCUCAGAGCCGGUGCCGGAUCGAGAGGCUCAACGCCCAGGAACCGAGGCGGAGGGUCGAGUCUGAGGCAGGCCUCACCGAGUACUUUGACGAGGACAACGAGCAGUUCGAGUGCGCCGGGGUAGCCGCACACCGCCGUAUUGUUCAGCCUGGAGGCCUCGUCUUGCCUAAAUUCUACAAUGCUCAUGCCCUCACUUACGUUGUCCAAGGCAAGGGUAUUUUCGGCAAUGUGAUGCCGGGAUGCCCGGAAUCGUUCCAGUCCUUCCAGCGAGGCGACCCUAGGACAUCGCGUGAAGAAGGCCGCCGAGGACGGUCGGAGAGAGACCAGCACCAGAGAGUCGACCACUUCAGAGAGGGUGACAUCAUCGCAAUCCCUGCAGGAGUUGCUCACUGGGUCUACAACGAUGGAGAACAGCCCAUCGUUGCGUUCACGGUUCUCGAUACAAGCAACAAUGCCAACCAACUCGACAGCAACCGCAGGGAAUUCCUUCUCGCCGGAAGGAAGGGGAGAGGCCAACACUUAGGCGUCGAGCCUAGAGAAGACUCUGACGACUUUAACCUCCUCAGCGGUUUCGACACCGAAAGUUUGGCCGAAUCCAUGGGCAUAAGCAGGGACCUAGCGGAGAAGCUGAGAGGACGAAGCGACGACAGGGGGGAGAUUGUGAGGGUCGAGGGAAGCUUCCACAUCGUGAGGCCGUCAAGAAGGGAAGAGGGAAUGAGCGAGGGAGAGGAGAGAGAAAGGGAGUACGAGGAAGAGGAGAGAGAGAGGGAGAGGAGGCGUCUGAUGGCAAACGGACUUGAGCAGGCCUUCUGCUCGGUGGGGGUGAAGCGCAACAUCGAUGAUCCGAGGCGUGCGGACAUAUACAAUCCUAAUGCAGGGAGGACCACCACCCUCAACAGCCAGAAGCUUCCCCUUCUCAGUGCGGACAUAUACAAUCCUAAUGCAGGGAGGACCACCACCCUCAACAGCCAGAAGCUUCCCCUUCUCAGGUAUCUCCAGCUCAACGCGGUCAGGGGUGUCCUCCACAGGAAUGCCUUUGUUGCCCCACACUGGAACAUGAACGCCCACUCCAUAAUGUACGUCACCAGAGGAAACGCUCGGCUCCAGAUCGUCAACGACCGCGGCAACACUGCCUUCAACGGCGAGCUCCGCCAAAACCAGCUCAUCGUCGUCCCCCAGAACUUCGCGCUCUUGAUCCAAUCAAGAAGCGAAAACUUCGAGUGGGUAGCUAUAAAGACCAACGACAACGCAAUGGUCAGCCCCAUCGUCGGAAAAACAUCGGUAUUCAAGGGGUUGCCUGAGGAAGUGCUGAGGAAUGCUUACAGGGUUUCGAGGGAGGAGGCGAGGAUGUUGAAGUAUAACAGGGGAGAGGAGAUGGUUGUGCUUGCUCCCCACUCUUCUCAGUCGAGGGGAAGAGCCGAGGCUUGA